CGCAGCCAAGUUCACGUCGUGCGGCAGCAGGGUUGCCACCUUUCUUUCUAGUUUCGUCUCUUUAGAGCAACAACAACAGCAAAAUGGUCCAACGUUUGACGCUGCGGAGACGCCUGUCCUACAACACACGCUCCAACAAGAGGCGCAUUGUUCGCACUCCCGGUGGCCGCCUGGUGUACCAGUAUGUCAAGAAGAACAAGACUGUGCCCCGUUGUGGCCAGUGCAAGGAGAAGCUCAAGGGUAUCACCCCCUCCCGCCCCAGCGAGCGCCCCAGGAUGUCCAAGCGUUUGAAGACCGUGUCCAGGACCUAUGGAGGAGUCCUGUGCCACAGCUGCCUGCGCGAGCGCAUCGUCCGUGCCUUCUUGAUUGAGGAGCAGAAGAUCGUCAAGGCUCUGAAGAGCCAGCGCGAGGCUUUGGUCAAGCCGGUCAAGGCCCCCAAGGCCAAGCCCGAUCCCAAGAAGAAGCCCGUGGGCAAGGGCACCAAGGCCGGCACCGGCAAGGUCACCAAGGCCGGUGCGGGCGGCAAGGGAGCCGCUGGCAAGAAGCCCGGCCAGAAGCCAGCCGCCGGAAAGCCCAGGAAGUGAACUUCCCAAGCGAACAGAUCGGUUAACUGCUAAAUAACUUAAAAAUAAAUGGUUUUUCCAACCGGA